AUGUAUGCUGAAUUGGGCUUGGUUCAUCUUUUCCGAAAACAAUUUGACGGGAUGGAAAGCAAAGACUUGCCCACUUGGAAUGCCUUGAUUGCAGGCAAUGAUAUCGGAUACACACAGAAUGGCAAGUAUAGAGAUGCAUUGGGAAUGUACCUCGAGAUGGAGAAAGAUCCAGGGCGAUGCACAUCUUUGAUGAGAUUGGUCGGAACAGAAAUUUAUGUUCUUGGAAUACCAUGCUCGUGGGACUGGCUGUCCAUGCAUGCUGCUCGCAUGGUGGCAUGGUCCGCCAAGUGCAGAGAGAUCUUCAAAUCCAUGGAGGAGUUUCCCAAUCACUCCAAAACUGGAACAUUGUGGAUGCAAAAUGACCAGGAAAACUGCAAGAAGCGUGACCUUAGUUUGAGUAUGCCCAUGAGGCCUGAUUCUCUUAUUUGGGUAGAAGUGCUGUGGCUCGUAGCUUCCGUGGCAAUGUGGAGCUCGGCGAAAAGGCGGCAAAGGCAUUUUUAA